AUGCUCCCACAGACCAUCAUCCUGUGGGUGAUAUCACUCAGCACCGUGCACGUCGCAUCAUCUCUGCAGCUGCAACCGGACAUGCCAAAUGUUUGUGCGGAUCAGGAGUUGUCCAUGCUGGGGGCCCCUCAGCCGUGUGUCCAGGCUUUUACCCGCAUGGUGAAGGUGUGGAAACAGGGCUGCACCAACCACAGAUGGUGUAUGGGAUACGAGAGGAGGACAGCAUACUACACAGCAUACAGGCAGAGGUACAGCAUGGAUGUCCACACAGUCUACAAGUGCUGCCCAGGUUGGACUCAGAGGGGUGAAGAGAUUGGCUGUCUGCAUAGGGUUUGUGCUGCCAACACAUGUUUCAACGGAGGCCGAUGCUCACAGACUGAAGACCAGAUAUGUCUGUGUUCACUGGGCUACAAAGGGACAAGAUGCCAGUACGAUGUUAACGAAUGUGAAGUGGAUGAAGGCGGCUGUGAGGGUUACUGCUGCAACACUAUCGGCAGCUACUACUGCAAGUGUCCCGAAGGCAGCAGACUGGAGCCAGAUGGCAAGACCUGUCAUGAUGUAAAUGAGUGUGAGGAGCUCAAUGGAGGAUGCCAGCAGAUGUGUGUCAACACACCGGGCUCUCACCACUGUGAGUGCAGCGAAGGCUUCCGCAUGCACGCUGACGGUCGGACCUGCAUCCCUGUGACUUCUUGCUCAGUGUUGAACGGCGGAUGUGAGCACAAGUGUGUGGACAUGGGGAGCAAUCAUUACAAGUGUGAGUGUCGGAAGGACUACCAGCUGAAGAGGGAUGGGAGACACUGUGAAUUGGUGGACCCCUGUGAGGAGAGGAAUGGAGGCUGCGCCCAGCUGUGUCUUUCUGAGGACGGCCGGGUUCACUGCAGCUGCCGACACGGUUUUACACUUGCUGGAGAUGCCAAGAAUUGUGAAGACAUCGAUGAGUGCAGCGCCGGCCGUGCCAAGUGUUCCCACGGGUGUGUCAACAUGUUGGGCUCCUUCAGCUGUGUGUGUCACCCAGGUUUUGAACUUGGUGCUGAUGGCAAACAGUGCUACCGCAUUGAAAUGGAGAUCGUCAACAGUUGUGAGAAGAGCAAUGGAGGUUGCUCUCAUCACUGCGAGCACACCACCAACGGCCCGCUCUGUUCCUGCAACCACGGUUACCAGCUGGCCCGAGACAGGAAGACAUGUGCAGAUAGUGAUGAGUGUGCCAGUAGGGAGUCGUGCUGUAGUCACUCCUGCAGAAACUACCCGGGCGGCUACGAGUGCAGCUGCAGAGCCGGCCACAGACUCAACCCAGACGGCUGCGGCUGCGAUGAUAUUGAUGAGUGCCUGGCAGAAACUUCAGGCUGCGAACACUACUGCGUCAACACCCUGGGAACAUAUGAAUGCUUUUGUCGACUCGGCUUCCGCUUGGAGCAAGAUCAGCACUCGUGUAUCUCUCUGUAUGGCAGAGAACUUGAUGAAGAUGAGGACGAGGAGGAAGACGACGAAGAGCAGCUGGAGGUCCACAGAUUACCAGAUCUGCUCUUCCGCAAUGCUCCUCAGCUCCUGCAGUACACAGCAGCCUUACACUCCCGUUAUCCCAGUGAUGAUGAUGAUGGUAGUGAUGCUGGAGACAAUGAAGAAGGAUCCCAGAUGCAGAGAGAUCGCAGGGGAGAACUCAGGCUGGACAGCCACAUAGUGUGUCUAGACGGCUCAUUUGGGGAUGACUGCAGUGCGAGAUGUGAAGACUGUGUGAACGGAGAGUGCGGUGAAACCAGAGACAGAUGUCAGUGUUCACCUGGAUGGACUGGGAUCAUCUGCAACAUGACUUGUCCACAGGGGACCUACGGUCAGGCCUGCAACAGUCUGUGCCGUUGUCAGAAUGGAGGCGUGUGUGACCCAGUGACUGGGAAGUGUUUGUGUCCCCCAGGGGUACAGGGCCUGCUCUGCGAGGAUGGUUGCCCAAGAGGUUAUUUCGGGGGGCACUGUACAAGAAAGUGUAACUGCCCAAACAACGGACACUGUCAUCGUCUGUAUGGAGCCUGUCUGUGCUCUCCAGGGUUAUAUGGUCGUUUCUGCCACCUGCCGUGUCCCAGGUGGACGCACGGCACAGGCUGUUCCAAGGAAUGCGACUGUGUUCAAGAACAUUCCUCUGGCUGUGACCCCAAAACGGGGAGCUGUUUCUGUAAAGCUGCACACCACGGCCCACAGUGUGAGAAAGAAUGUGAUCCUGGCUUCUUCGGUGCAGACUGUGAGCGACCAUGUGACUGUCCAGGUGGGGGACCAUGUGACCCCAGGAGCGGGGAGUGCAGCCAGCGAUGUCCUGCAGGACUUCAUGGACAUAGAUGUCAGAUCGCUUGCAAAGCUGGGAGCUAUGGACAAAACUGUCAUCUGACCUGUGACUGUGGAGGAACGCUCUGUGAUCCCAUAACCGGAGAGUGCAUCUGUCCCCCUGGGAAGACAGGACACUCCUGUCAGGAAGACUGCCCUGAUGGAUUCUGGGGGUUCAAAUGCCAGUCGUCUUGUCCUGGCUGUCAGAACGGAGGCUCCUGCAACAAGCAGACUGGAGGCUGUGACUGCAUGCCAGGCUUCACUGGAGACCUCUGUCACAACACCUGUGAGUCUGGCUACUGGGGCCAAGGGUGCACCACUAGAUGUCAGUGCCGGGACAGAUCUGUGGGCUGUGACCCGGUCACCGGUCAGUGUGUGUGUGAGACGGGCUUCACCGGAGACCACUGUGAAGAGAAGUGUGUGAAUGGCAGUUAUGGGCAGGGCUGUGCUCAGCAGUGUCAGUGUCACAAUGGAGCCCACUGUGACCAUGUGAGUGGAGCCUGCACAUGUUCUCCUGGAUACGCCGGCACGUCUUGUGAAAAAAUGUGCCCGGACGGCUUUUACGGUCUUGACUGUGGCCAGAUGUGCGAGUGCAGGAACGGUGCCCGCUGCCACCACAUCACAGGAGCCUGCCUAUGCACCGCCGGCUGGGCAGGACCACACUGCAUUCUGGAAUGCCCGGGGGGUCACUUUGGAGAGCAGUGCAGUCAGACCUGUGAGUGUCAGAACGGAGCCAGGUGUGACCACGUCACCGGGCGAUGCAGCUGCACGGCCGGGUGGAGCGGCGGGAGCUGCCAACUGUCCUGUCCUGCAGGGCAAUAUGGGGAACACUGCUCUGGUCUGUGUCUGUGUCAGAACGGGGGCCCUUGUGACAGCGUGACAGGCCAGUGCUCCUGCCCACCCGGCUGGACUGGAGACGCUUGUGAGUUAGAGUGUGAGGAAGGACGUUAUGGAGCGAACUGCAUCCUGGUCUGUGGUUGUGCGAGCGGAGGGAGGUGUGACAAGAUCACUGGAAAGUGUGUGUGUCAGCCCGGUUGGACAGGAGAGCUGUGUCAGUCAGCCUGUUCAGAGGGAUUCUUUGGAGAGGCCUGCGAGCAGCGGUGCGACUGCGUCCACGCUGCGAGUUGCCACCAUGUGACCGGCCGCUGUGAGUGCUCGCCAGGCUGGAGAGGAGCCAGGUGUGACAAACCCUGCCUGCCGGGGUCCCACGGUGCUUCCUGUGCCCGGCGGUGUCAGUGCUCGGCUGGGGUGGCCUGUCACCAUGAGACUGGGAGCUGUGGCUGCCCGGCUGGACUCACAGGGACCGGCUGUGAGAAAAGAUGUCGAGCAGGAACUUUUGGGCCGAACUGUAAAUCCAGAUGCAGCUGCGUCAACGGCGGUCGCUGUGACUUCAGGACCGGAACCUGCUACUGUCCUCCGGGCUUCAUCGGAGCCGACUGCAGCUCGGGUUGUGUGAGUGGUUACUAUGGGAAGGACUGUGCCAAGCCGUGCUCCUGUGGCGAAGGAGGGCAGUGCCACUCUGUAACAGGGAGGUGUAUCUGUGCCCCGGGCAGGAUGGGACAGUCCUGCCAACAAGCAUGUCCCAGAGGGCGCUAUGGCUCACAGUGCAGGAACACAUGCAGCUGUCAGAACGGGGGUCUGUGUGACCCUGUCGCUGGGUCCUGCAGGUGCGGACUGGGCUGGACUGGACCACGCUGUGACACAGCCUGUUCACAGGGAAAAUAUGGUGUUGACUGUGCACAGGACUGUCCAUGUUCCAACAAUGGGACGUGUGACGGUGUAACUGGCACCUGUAGCUGUACUGCCGGAUUCUACGGCCACUCCUGUCAACACAGAUGCCCUUCAGGGUUUUUCGGAGUGAACUGUGCCCAAACGUGUGACUGUAAAGUGGGUCAGUCAUGUGACCAGGUAACAGGCCAAUGUGCAUGUCCACCAGGCUACUAUGGGUCACAAUGCCAAAGACGCUGUGAAGCCGGCAGCUUUGGACUGAGCUGUGCCGAGUCAUGCAACUGUGCUGGUGAGGCCCCAUGUGACCCAGCGACAGGACGGUGUCUCUGUCCCCCCGGAAGGACGGGAGGGAGAUGUGAAAAAGACUGCGGUGGGGGUCAUUUUGGCCCUGACUGCUCCCUGCCGUGCAAGUGCUCCCACAGGGCCCGCUGUGAUGGGCUGACUGGCCGAUGUCUGUGUCCGCUCACCUGGCUGGGCCCCACAUGUAGUGAAGCGCUGCAGCACCAAACCUCAGGACUGCCGAACGUCUCCAUGUCCCAAAGAAAGAGAAGAGCGGGCGGCAGAAUCACAUAACCCAUAGCAGAAGGUGCAAAGUCCUGACUGGACAAUCACAGACAGGACUUGGCUUGUGCGAGGCGUUUCAGGAGCCUGUAUCUGCAAAGGUGAUGUUUUUUUUUUGUGAACCAGCUGUCAGAACGCGGCGCUACAUCGUACUCGCGCCGCACCGCACUCAUCACCGAGCACGCCGCCCAAGCCAAUCCACCAGUGAACCUGACAUGUGAAGGGCCCUCGGAGGACCAGCAACUCCACACUGACCCCAGACUGUGUAAGAUUAGAGUCCAGGGUUACACAGACUCCUUAGCGAUACACACUAAUACCUGCAUCACAUCUGCUGAAUGAAAGCGUUUAAGUUCCUUUCUCCAGUUGGACGUUUAAUGAGUUGUUAAGAGUUCAGUUUCUUUCUUCGGGCCGUUUGGACGCGACACGUGACUGAAUCGGAGACUUUCUUGUAACCGGAGAGACUUUACAUCCCCUACAACUCUGCUCAUAAAAAAAAAAAAAACGUGGUGGUUAGUAUAGCGGAAUGCCGAGCAUAUUUUUGGUGAAGAUUAACAGCAGCUAUAACGGAUUUAGAAAUAUAUGGGUCAUGUAUAUACUUAUUCUGAAGAGUAAAACCCCAGGAUCCGCACAUACAGGGACUGCAGGCAUGUGAGCUCCGAAACAUGUGGUCCAAUGAAUGUUCAAGCAGAGGAUUUUGGUUUAUGGUUGAAAUUAUCUCCAUACGUAUUUUAAGAUGUAUAAACAUGUUUGAGUCAUAAUUUAUGUCUGAUAUAUUUUUUUCCACAGUAGAGUUCAGUUACCUGGUCACGUAUAUUAAAAGUAAGCUACGGCCAUACCUUCUCCACAAUCCUAGAAUGUAUAAGUGAUGUUUCAUUUCACAAGUUUAACUACAAACGGAUGAUAUUUACUACUUUACUGAAAUGUCCAUUCUCAGUAUAUUUGUUCUGCAGUGUCCAUAUCACACCUCUGUAUAUUGGAGCAUACAGUAAUUAGCGAAGAAUUCUGAGCAGGGCAAUAUGGCCAAAACAAUUUGAAGAUAAUUAAUGAUAAAUGUCCCUUUAUUAUUUCUUUUAACUUUGAGCUGAUUUUUGUUCCUGACUGCAGGUUGUGAUCUUAAACCUCAUGAGCAGAGAAUCACAAAAACGUCAUUAACAGCCAAACAUUUUACAAAUCUGAAGUGUUAUACCGCCUCCCAGUUUUUCCACUGAGCACAAGCUAUAGGCUGUAUAGAUUUAUUGUGAACCUCUGUUUUAUUGCUUUUCAUAGAAAUUACACUGCAAUAAUCAUUGGCAUUGUUUUAUCACCAAUGCAGUCUUAAGUCUUAAAGUCAGACUGAAAGGUGAGCAAAGAGGAGCUUUCUCUUCUCAGCAGAUUAGGAACAUGGCCCUGAAACUGCACAUACGUUGUUCUGCACAAAGAUGAUGUCUGCAAUAAGUGCAAGGUCAAUAAGCAAAACAUGUUGGAGUAAAGGAAGAGUUUAAUUGAAGUAUUCAAACAAAAUAAUUUUUUCUUAUGCAUUCAUAAUGGUGACUCACAAAAAAGUGUCUGUGUGUCUUCCUUGAUACAAAUAUUUGGAUUUUUACACAAGUCUCCUUGUGAUCUCUGUCAAACUGCAUCAUUUCCCCAAAAAAAGUCUCAGCUUUGGAUUCUUGGUCUACCUACCUUACAGUUUUAAAAUAAUGGAUGAACUCUCAUCUUAGCUUAUUUAACUGUUUAUACACUUACCCACAGAUGUCUGCAAAAAUAUCAUCAUUAUACAUAUAAUUCCUUAAUUCUGUUUAUGACAUAAUGGAGUUGCACUUGUUGCACAUGUCUGCUGAAUCAGCAGCUGAUACCGAGUUUGGGAGUUUUGUAGAAAAGUCUGAGAGUUGAUAUGUGUUAACGUCUUGCUGCAGUCGUGGACAUUUUUAAUUUUUAUGUCCAAUAUCACUACUGCGAUCAACAAUUAUGUGUGUUUGAUUUGAGGGUUAAACUUGUAAAAAGAAUGUGUGUAUUAUAUCUCAGGUCAUUUAUCAGAGAUAAACGAAUGUGCUUAUUUUUCUGAUGGUGUGUGGUGCUACAUUGAUCCAUUUUGAUUGAGUUAAUGAAUUACGUUUUUUAACUGUAUUAUGCUGUUGCCUUUCUGUUUUUCUUCCAUGAUCUUUAC